AUGGUAGACGGGAGGAAUAGAGAUGCUACAGAAUUUCGGGAAAUUGCGUUAAAUAGAGGCCGUAACACCAAUUCUAAUAUAUUUCCGAACAAUUUUAUUACUACAGCUAAAUACACCACUCUAACGUUAAUCCCUAAAAACCUCUUUGAGCAGUUUCACAGAGUUGCCAACAUAUGGUUUUUAAUUGUCUCGAUUUUCCAAAUUCUCCCUUUUGGCCUAUCUCCAACUUCUUCUUGGGCCACAAUUGCUCCGCUUUCUCUCGUCCUUACAGUUACACUAAUUAAAGAUGCUUACCAAGACUACAGAAGGAGAAAAAGCGAUAAAGAUUUAAACAACCGAGAAGUAAGAAUUUGAAAAGAAGAAAAAGAAGCCUUCGAGCCAGUCAAGUGGAUGCAACUUGAAGUCGGGAAUUUGGUCUUGCUUGAAAGCGACUCGCCAGUCCCAGCUGAUAUAGUUAUUUUUGCAACAAGUCAUGAGGAACAUAUUUGCUAUAUUGAAACUUCAAAUUUGGAUGGAGAAACGAAUUUAAAAAUCAGAAAUUCCUUGCCUGAAACUUCUGCGAUAUUUGAAGGAGAAUUAGAAUCGGCCAUGAAAAUGAUAUAUAAACUUGAUAAUGCGAAGCUAAAAAGCGAGCAUCCGAAUAAUCGCUUAUAUUCAUUUGAAGGAAGCUUGAUUUUAAAAGGACACCCAAAAGCUGUGCCAAUUGACAAUGGACAUAUUCUUUUGAGAGGAAGUACAGUUAAAAAUAGCAAGUGGGUGUUAGGGUGCGCUGUUUUUACAGGGAUUGAUACCAAAUUAAUGAUGAAUUCCAAAAUGCCUCCACAUAAAAGAAGUAAUGUAGAGAGAAGAGUAAAUAGAUACCUAACCAUUGUAUUUACGAUUUUACUUGUUAUUUCUAUGCUCUCAGCAAGCAUUUCAGCUGCAUACAUUUUUGAAUAUAGCUUUUUUCGCAUUUUUCCGUUGAACCAAGUACAUUCUGCUUUUAGGACGUGAUUGGACUUUCAGUUAUUUUUUUUAGUUUAAAUAUUUUAAAAAAAAUAUACCUUUAUUUUUUUAAAAAUAUGUGAUCACAAAAAAUUAACUAACUCCCCCUCCGUUUGCGGACAAAAAAAUUUUGUUUUGGAGGGACUUCAAAAGAUCCAUAUAUAAAUUUAAAGUAAUUUUUUAUCGAAAUUUAAAAAAAAAAUUCGCAAAAAAUGGAAGUAAAUAUUUAUCUAAUUUGUUCAAAAUGAAACAGAAUAGCAGGAGAUUUCAUUAUGUUAUAUCACAUAUAUCAAAUCUUUUUUCAUAAAAAUUUUUCUAUUAAAAAAAAUUUUUGUUCUCUUAUCAAGGGUAGGCUUUUGUGCAAAAAAUAGAGAUUUUCUAAUUAUAGAGGUUUCCUCUAUAUAGCGCUGAAAGCGCAGACAUUUUCCCAGGAGCUUUCCAAGUUCGUCGGACCAAAUCGCUUUUUGGUCCGACCAAGGCAUUGAUUUGGUGCAACCAACCGAUAAAUUCCGAUCAGAAUUUAUCGGCCUUACAGCGCCAAACAUAGGAAACUUCUAUAUUUUGUUCGCUCACGGAGGGGGGUAAGGGCCGAUCACAUCCUCAAAGGCAAAAUUUCCUUGAGACUGUGGAUAAUUAAAAUGGUGGUGGUGGUGACAAAAUAGGUCCUCGACGACGUCCCACCAUUUUGGCGCAAAAGUGGCUUUAUAGCCUAAGCCAAGGUUCAGGCCCUUUAACUCUAACCCUUAGCAUGCCCUAGAGCUGGGUAAACUUUGGGAGUCAGCUGGUGGUCACUCCAGUCAAAAGUUUUAAUUAUCCGGAUGGUUUUUUGGGCUGUGAGUUCUUUCCCUACCGGUUCCGGAGGGUCACGGUUCUUUUUUCCUGGGUGUCGCUGUACCUACAGGCGGCCGUAAGGAGGCAUCGGGCUAACCUUUGCCUUCAUAGCACCCGACAUGACUGAAGCAUAUGCAAGGUGGAGUCUCUCCUAACCCGCCGAAACUCAGCGGAGCGUGCAAGCCUUGGCCGUGGGAGAAGAGGCCCAAGAUUUGCAAGCAGGUUUUGGGAUCCUCGAAAGCGUGCGGAGAUAUCAAGCUGGAAGACUUUAAAGCAAAUUUAAGUUGAGACUGUGGAAAAAAUGCGAAAAAAGCUAUAUCCUGACAGAACCGAAUUCUUUACAGGCAAAGAUGACACAUCAGCUGCUUACCUCAAUUUCAUCACCUUUUUAAUCCUCUAUAACAGUUUAGUCCCAAUUUCCCUAUAUGUUACUAUGGAUGUUGUAAGAGUCAUCCAAGCCAAGUUCAUCCAGUGGGAUUUAAGGAUGUAUUAUGAGCCUAUCGAUCGUCCCGCAAUAGCCAAAACAGGCGACCUUAACGAAGAUCUCGGGCAAAUCGAGUACAUUUUUUCAGACAAAACAGGAACUUUAACAGAGAACCAGAUGGAGUUUAAAAUGUGCUCAAUUAAAGGCAAAAUUUACGGAUCAAUGGAGCAAAGCAACACUGAUAGAGAAGAUAUUUCUAUCAACCCUCACCCACAGUUCAAGUUCUAUGACUCCACCCUUCUUGAAGACUUAAAAGGUUCUCGAAGCAAAGAAAUCAGCGAGUUUCUUGAGCUGUUAUCCACCUGCCAUACUGUAAUUCCUGAUAAAGGAAAAGACGGAGAACUUAUAUAUCAAGCUGCAUCUCCUGAUGAAGAAGCCUUAGUUAUUGCAGCACACGCGUUGGGGUAUUCUUUUUUCAAGUCCAAGCCUGGAUAUCUUGCGGUAAAAAUACACAACGAAGUGCAUGAAUAUAAAGUAGUUGGAGUUAAUGAGUUUAAUUCCAAUAGAAAAAGAAUGUCAGUCAUCAUUGAAUCAUUGACAGAGCCAUCAAGGCCGCCUAUCUUGUAUUGUAAAGGUGCUGAUAAUGUGAUUUUGGAGAGAGCAAACGCUUCAGAAGCUGAAAAAAAUGAAUUAAAUAAGCAAUUAUAUGAUUAUUCAGUGCAAGGGUUGAGAACCCUUGUGCUUGCAAAAAGAGAGCUGACAAGGGCAGAGUCCCAAGAUUUCGAAAGAAAAUGGCAUGCGGCAAAAAAUGCUAUGGCUGACAGACAAAAAAGACUUGAUGAAGUUGCUGCAGAAAUUGAAGUAAACAUGGAUAUCAUUGGAGCCACUGCGAUAGAAGACAAAAUUCAAGAAGGAGUCCCCGAAACAAUUGCUGAUUUAAUGGAAGGGGGUGUCAAGGUGUGGGUGCUGACUGGAGAUAAGCAAGAGACAGCUAUAAAUAUCGGCUAUUCUUGCAAAAUGCUUAAAAAGGAGAUGGAAGUCAUUAUUAUCAAUGCCCACUCCCUUGAGUCCACAAAGUCUCAAUUAAAAAAAGCUCUAAUGAAAAGUGUUUACAAAGAAAAUGAGUCUAACCCAGCCCAUUUUAUGAGGGUGCAAGAAGAUGAGUUUGAAAAAGAAAUCGAUAUAGAAAGCUUGAAUCUCGGACUUGUUAUUGAUGGAGAAACCCUUUUAUAUGUUUUUUCUGAUAUGCAGGCCAUGGAACAUUUUGCUAUGCUGUCAUGCUUAUGCCAUGCUGUCAUUUGCUGCAGAGUUUCUCCAUUACAAAAGUCAGAGGUCGUUAAACUUGUCAAAUGCAAUUUUCAGUUCCAGCCAAUCACACUUGCUAUUGGAGAUGGAGCAAAUGACGUAUCUAUGAUACAAGAAGCCCACGUAGGGAUUGGUAUAUGUGGGAAAGAAGGGCUACAGGCAGUGAAUUCGAGCGACUAUGCAAUUGCGAGGUUUAAAUAUUUGAUACCUUUGCUGUUUUUGCAUGGAAGAUGGAACUACAUGAGAAUUACUAUGGUUAUCCUUUACUCUUUUUACAAAAACUUUAUACUAGUUCUGCCAAUGUUUUAUUUCAGCUUUAUGAAUAUGUACUCAGGAACAGCUCUUUAUGACUCAUAUUUGCUUCUCUCGUUUAAUGUUGCCUUAACUUCUUUGCCGAUAUGCUCAGGACACAUUAUAGAUCGUCUUGGGCUGCCAUUUGAAGCUCCAACAAGUGAAGUUGGUUUGGAACUAGAAAUUGCCAAACUAAUUCCUCAAAUUGGCAAAUGCCAAACUAUAGGACUAUAGGAUUACUUGUAGACUCAUGGAUUUGGUUUGGCAAAUUCUCGUCCCAAACCAACUUCACUUCUUCGAGCUUCAAGUGGCUACCCAAGACGAUCUAUAAUGCGUCCUGGGCUAUAGUAAUUGUAGGCUCAAUUGAUCGAGAUUUAGAAGCUGAUGAUAUGCUAAUUAAUCCAGCUCUCUAUCAGGAUGGGAUCUAUUCAAGGCGAUUCAAUGCAAAAAUUUUUAUUAAAUGGACAUUCAAGGCGAUAUUUCAGAGCAUUAUUAUAUACUUUCUCAUAACCAUGAACUCAUUCAAUCUCAUAUCAGGUGAUGGUGAUGCUGAAUCCUACAACUUGAUGGGAACAGUCUAUUUCUAUUCAAUAGUUCUAACAGUCUCAUUCAUGAUUAUGAUCAAAACAAAUAAUUGGACCUUCCUAUUCAUCAUUGUGCUAUUCUUAAGUGCUCUUGCUUUCUUCCCAUUUAUCUUUUUUUAUGACUAUGCAAUGUUUCCCACAUCUGAAUUAACUGGAGUCACCUUCAGACUGUUUUCUGAGCUUCCCUGCUUUUUGAGUUGGACUUUAAUUCCACCUUUCUGCUUUAUAGUUAUUUUGGUAAAAGAUUUCAUUUACGCACUAUAGCGUAUCCGCCCAAGUAGAUCGCCAUAUGUCCGAUGUCUCCCGAGAUCAUCAGGGGUUGGUGAAAGCCAACCCUUAAAUUGAAAACCUAAAUUUAUCUAGUGAAUUUGCCAUCUAAAGGAUUGGUUUCACCAAUAUUUGUUACUAUGCCCAAGCUCCCUAUCGUCUCGGGAGACUUCAGACAUAUAAACGAUCCACUUAGGCGGAUAGGCUUUAUGGUUUCCUUCAGAGAUCGAUCAUAUUCGGUCACGAAAAACAGGUAAAGUUCACCCUGAAAUGAUAUAUGAACAGCAAGAAGAAGAAACUAACUCCAACUUUAAGUUUUCCGUAUUAAAAAACUUUUAAAAAGCUUAAAACAUAUAAAUUGAGCACAAUACUUUGAAUCUUAAUAAGAAACAAUUAAAAAAUUAAUCGAUUCAAUGUGAAAAAUGUUCAAAUAGCAUUCUACCUGCACUUUUGCCAUUAAAUUAGUUCAAAAAUAAUUUUAUAAAAAUUAGUAAAAUACUUUUUUGAAUUUUAAAAAAAAAAAAAAAAUUAAUUUUAAUUUAUUUUUAUGAAGAAUUAUUAAUUUAAAUAAUUAAUUGAUUCGAUAAAAUUUUGUUCCAAUUUAAAGGGGGGUUAAAGUACCCCAAAAAUGCAAAUUUACCGAUAACUUGUUCCGAUUUUAAAGGGGGGAGUAAGCAUUUAAUUAUAUCAAGAGCUUCAAAGUAUAAAUCUAAGCUCUCUGAUGUCUUUAAUCCCAAAGGAAUCAAAUUGAAAAAUGAUAAGGAAGAAGAAGCGCCAAAAAAUGAUUAUUCGUUGAAAACACUGACGUUGCAGUUUUAUAACCUUUAUAUGGAAAAAAGCUUCAACAAAUUUACAACUGAAAAAAUUAUGAAGUUUAUAAGGAAAAUAUUUAUUAUAUUAUUUAUAUUGAACUUAAUAUGAACAAUAUCUGAUAUUGUCCAAGGAUCAACAAAUAGCAUGAUUGCAAUAAGAAUUGGCGUUGUGAUAGUGUUUUUUGGAUUUAUUAUAUUUGUUCAUACAAGAUUAUUUGUUAGAUAUUAUGAACCAGUUGUGCUGGCAGUUCUAGUUGUUGGGCUCGUUAUAAAAGUAAGCCUUGAAAUAAUAAAUCAAAAUGAUGGAUCAAUGACAACAGCUCUGGUGCCAAUCUUGACAUUUGUGUUAUUUAGUGUCAGUACUUAUAAAGUAUUUUUAAUCAAUAUUCUAUUUUUGAUGAUUUACCUUAUUAGAGUGCUUGUCCACUAUGCUACUGACUUAGACGCAGUUAGCAUGGAAAUAAUUGCUAUGAACUAUAUUGUUCUUUUAUCAGGCAUCACUGUUAUAAGUGCUUUUGUAGGCUAUGCCUUACUCCCCCCGAUCCUUGAUCGAACGACUCGCCAUCGUUCGAUCUAGGAUGGGGGUUAAAAAAUUUUUUUUGGAAAAAAAAUUUUAUAUAUAAAAUAAAAAAUAUAUAUAUAUUUUUAUUUAGGGUUAAGAGUAUUUAAUAAUUAUUUUUAUAGCAAAAAAUUGAAUUAAUUUCAUAAAAAUACCAAUUUUUAAUAUUUUGAUUUAUUAUUCACACCUUUAAAUUUUAAUUUGUUCAUUAUUAAAUUAAAAUUUUUUUUUAAAAAAUUUUUAAAGAAUCUCUAUUUUAUUAGAUUAUUGAGCUUUUAAGCCUAGGUUGAUGACUAAAUCACUUUGGAUGGUUGAUUUUGAAGCUUUCUGUCGUCUCAAAGUCUCUGAAAACAACUUCAUUAUGUACAUCUUCCACAGCUUUUGAUAACUAUAUAGUUUUAUAUAUAUAAAAAAAAUUUGCAUGAUAUGAAAAUCGUUCGAUCAAGGCUGGGGGUUAAUUUCCCCAAUUUUUAGGAAUUUUUACAGUCAAUCGUUCGAUCAAGGAUGGGGGGGAGUUAGAAAAAUCCAGAAGGACCAGUUAUAUUCUCCGUAAAAAGCUUGAACAUCAAUUCCAAAAAGGCCAAGAAAUAUUAGGAAAUUUACUUCCGAGAUUUGUUAAGGACAGAGUUAAGCAAGGAGUUAGAUACAUUGCAGAAGACCAAGGAAUUGUCACAUUAUUAUUUUGUGAUAUUUAUGAUUUUGAUAAAAUAUGUGUCACACAUACACCAAACGAGCUUAUUGAUUUAUUGGACAAAUUCUUUGCAAUUUUGGAUGGGCUAUGUGAUAAGCAUGGAGUAACGAAAAUAGAAACAGUCAAUAAAACUUAUCUUGUUUGCGGGGGGCUGAAAGAUAGUGAGGAAAACCUAUCGCCUGAGUUAUUGGAUAAAAAUCAUGCUCAAAGAGUUUUGGAACUGGCAAUGAAUAUCCUUACUCCCUGCUCCCUAUGUGAGCCAACAAAACCAUUAGAAAAAUCCUUAUUUUUUAGGUAAAAAACCCUCAAUAAGCGAACAAAAAUUUUGUUUAUGAAAAAAGCUGAUAAUUUAUAAGUGAUAAUUAAUCGCUUUCCAAUUUUCAUGAGUAGGUUGUUUAAAAUUUCGGAUUAAAAAUUUUGCUAUGGCAUUUAUGUAUAAUUUUUCUAAAAAUAGUCUCCCUCCGUGAUCAAACAAAUUUUUAUUUUCAUGCUAAGAGAGGGAUGAGCUAAAAAAAUAGAGCCAGUCUACUUAAAGAACGGUGACAAGUUUCAAGUAAAGAUGGGUAUUAAUAGUGGCCCGAUCAUCGCUGGCGUUGUUGGCGAUCAUAAACCUCAGUUUUCUUUAAUCGGUGAUACAAUUAACACGGCCAGCAGAAUGUGCUCAACUUUAAAAGAACCGUGCCAGAUCCAAAUCUCUUCAGCCACAUACGAAUUUGUAAAGAGCCAACCAUAUAAUUUUAAGCCAAGCAAAGUCGAAGCAAAAGGCAAAGGUUGGCUUGACACAUAUGUACUAAAAGUCCAAGAAGCCAAAAAGAAAAAUCGAAGGGUCACUACUUUUGAAGAAAUGGGCCCUACCCAAUUUCAGCCUAUAGAGCAGCAACAACAGCAGCAGGAGCCUCUUCCUGAAAAGAACAGUUUAAACGUCUCUGUUCUUCCUUUGCUUCCAUCUGAAGGAGAAAGCUAUGCUGUAAAAGAGACAAGUACAGUGUUCGAUAUUGAUAAACUUCAAUAUGAAAGCUUUGACAGCGAUGAAGACUAUGCUGGAUUGGCAGGACCUGUGCAAUGGCUCACUUGCAGCUUUAAAGAAAUGGCAAUGCAGCAUGAGUAUAGAAUUACGACAUUGAAAAAAGAAAUGGCUACAAUGAGAUGGGGUUUAUGGAUGACAAUUAUUAUUUAUGCAAUUAUUUUGGCAAAUUUCAUUGUAGGAUUUGAGCUAACUAGCAAUUUUGGGAAUGGGGUGCAAAUUGGUCUAAGAGCUGCAUGCUUAGCUGCAAUGAUCGGCUUAGCAAUAGUUUUGAAGAAUGUCUACCAAAACCAAAUGUUCCCUUGGGCUGUAAUGGUUAUUUACAUUUCAUGUAGCUAUGCUAGUGUAUAAUUAAAAUAUGGAUCUCCACCUGGCAUGCCCGCCGGCCACGCAGCUUCUGAGCACAUAUUUUAAUUAUAUCGGCAAGGUUUUACCAAGCUGGAAAUGGGCAGCUAUGCUAGGUAAGCAACUCCCGUGGUGUAGGAGCCUAGCCCUUGUCCUUUUUCUGGUUUAGAUUUUACCUCGAGGACAAAGGAGGCUUAUAGUUGGAAAAGGUGUUGCCCAGCAAAGUCCUUUGGACCAUUCGGGCACUGCACUAUCGUGAAACCAGGGGUUACGGCCUGGGCUAAAAGUUAGACCUUAUGCCGACAGUCGGCCAGAAAAUCCAUUUUUCGAAUUUUCUGGCAACCUCGUCGCUGCAGCCUGAAGCAAGGCCCCGGAACCCAUAGUCCUCCCACUCAAUUCUGGAGCCACCGCGAAGUGGCAAGCAGGAGAGACGGAGGAAACCGGAAGGAAGUACGUGCCCCGCAAAGCGGAUGAAUCCCCUAGGGAUCCUUGAUAACCGAGUUAACAAAGCGGACCUCAACUAACCGCCAUAAUUAAGUUUAAGUUUAAGUAGCUAUGUUAGUGUUCUUUCCAUCUCAAGAAUUAGGUCUGAUUUUUUUUAUAUCAUUGUUUUAGAAGAAAUGUAUACAAAUGUAGUUAUUAACCACAUAUCUGGACUGCCUUUUGGGCAUAUUUUGAUAGCUUCAUUUUGCGAUUUUAUCCACUGAAUAACAGCUGUUAUUUUGGAUCCGGAUGAUUAUUCGAAAUCUAUUGAGGCCACUUUCUUUAUAUUUAUUUUUACUUUUAUUAAUGCAGCAGCAAGCUAUAUGAGAGAAUAUAAUGAUAGGAAAAAUUAUAACCUUAUUUUCCCUUUAAAUCUGAACAAGAAUUCUGCUCCAAUUGUUUUUUUAAAAAAAUAAAUUAAAUCAAACUCAUUAAAAACCUUUUUUAAAAUUUUAUAGGAAUUGCCCGAGGAUGGCGCUAUCUUGCGCCAUCCUCAGGCAAUUGAAAAUAUGGCCCCACACGUGGGUUCAAUUCCCGGUGUGGGGCAAUUAGUAUAAGACCUUUCAUAGAUUAAUUAUCAAAUUUAUCAGUUCAUCAUUUUGCUCUCCCCAAUUUAAAAUAAAGCAAGUUGUAAGUAUUUUUUUUAUUUUUGCUAUAUAAAAUUUUGUAUCAAUAAUAUUAUUAUUUUAUCUAUCUCAAUAUUUUGAUACAGUUUAAAUGAGGCUUAAUUUACCGAAAUUUUUUAAUUGAAAGUGGAGGGAGCUAGCAGAAUGGCUCAAAGAGAUAUUCAAAACACCGAGAAACUUCUAAGCCAGAUGAUGCCUCCAUCAGUUGUGAAAAAUCUGCAUAAUAAUGUAACAACAACAGAUAAGUAUGCAGACGUUACUAUGAUUUAUGCCGAUAUUGUCGGGUUUACUGCUUAUUCUUCAAAUAAGAAGCCAAUCGAAGUUGUUAGUAUGCUUUCUAAGCUUUUUUCCAAUUUUGAUCACUUAUGCAUGAAAAAUAACGUAUAUAAGGUUCAUACAAUAGGCGAUUGCUAUGUUGUCCUCAGCUUUAGUGACAGUGGAGAGGAUGGCUAUACGAGAAAUAUAGCUAGAGAAGUCACUAAUAUGAUAAAUAUGGCACUGGAUAUGAUAAAAUGCAUCAAAAGAAUUAAUAGAGACAAAAAUAUGAGCUUAAAUAUGAGAAUAGGACUUCACACAGGCGAGGUAACUGCAGGAAUUACUGGGACAAAUAUUGUAAGAUAUGAUAUUUAUGGUCCAGAUGUUGAUAUUGCUAAUAAAAUGGAAAGCAAUGGCCAAGCUGGGAAAAUAAAUGUGAGUGAAGUCACGAAGGCACUUUUAGAAGUCCAUUGCCCAGGAAGAUUUGACUAUGUCUUCAAUAAAGUUGUCACUCAUCAGCCAGUUAAUCGAUCACUGGAUGCUUACUUUGUGAGGGCAAAACUUACUGAUGAUUUAGAGUUUUAA